AUUUAUAUAUAUAUAUAUAUAUAUAUAUACAUACAUACACACAUUAUAACAAUUGCACAUCCUCAGGUUAGGUCUGGUGGUGGGGGUCGGCAGCGAAUCGCAGUGGUGGGAGGACCAUUUUAGCUCCAUAGCAAAGCCUGAUUACCCAUUUCAUCUGCUGCAGAGACUGCGGGCUGGCAUAACAAUGACAGUGGCUGCCGUCAGGAAGGAACAAAGAGAGCACAGACACUCUUAAAUACUCCUUCAUAAUACACCGCAAUGUGAAUGGGACAUCAUUCAAAUACAGUCUCUAAAUGUCAGGUAAGCAAGCCUGAGACCCAGAUUGAUAUUUAUAGAUUUUAAAAAUAUUGUACAUUAAUAGACACAUUCUCACACUCACCCAAAUAAAUGUAAAAAUACAUUUUAUAGUUUAUAUAUAUAUAAAGAUCUAUGUCAAUCUAUAAUCUAUAUAUAUAUACACACACACAUUUAGCAUUUGCUAGUUUGCAGGAAUGUCUUAGGGAAAAUGAUUAGGAAAAACAUUGCAAGUGUGUUUCUAACAUAAAUUAUUGCUGUCUGCAGGGGGUAAGAAAUCAGACGCUAAAAUGUCGAAUUGCUCCAGACAAACAUUAUUGUUUUGCAUUUACGCAUAUAGGUAUCAUUGUGGUGAUCUAGUUAUUUAAUGCACACUGUCCACUGCUGUAUUUGGGGAUUACUGGAGAUAACAAUAUACAAAUAUUACUAUUUGCUAUCUGCAGAAAUUCCACUAAAUUAGCAAACUGAGCAAUAUUUCUGUAUAUGAAGGAGGACGCCUAAAAUUUUACUACAAAUCAUCAAUUGCAUAUACGGAUAUUGCCAAAGAACAUAAAAAGGGUAGAACACAUGUAGUGUUUGGGUUUUUAUGGCAUUAGUAUUGCAUUAUAUCAUAGAACUCUGGUUUGGGUGGGUUGUACUUUUAGGGGGGUCCUUGGGGGCCAAUGGAUAUGUCCCACGGUGAUUAUACACAAUGCAGUCAGAUCACCAUGAAGGAUAAGACCUGCCUUUUGCAGCCUGGAGGAGCGAAUGUUAUUUAACGGUACUAGAAGCGAGGGGUGGGAUUUAAUUUACAGUAAUAGGUGUACGGAGCUAACACAGCAGAACAUAACAUUCUACGUGUAUCGUAAUCGGGUACAAUGACCCGCAGGCAGAGCGAUACACUGUAACGGUUGUCAGUGGGCCUGUAUAUGGCCGUACAAAUGUAUCAGUGGAAAUAUAAUAUAAUAUACUAUCAAUAUACAAGAAGAAGAUAUGAUCGGAGAGACUGCUUGUACCAAUGAAAUUUUUGCUUUAUUUUUCUUGAUCCACAGAACGAUAGCACAAACGGCCUGGCCGCAGAAAGGAACAAGGUCCGAUCCCAAUCAGGUGAGGGGGUUAUAAUAAAUUAGAGACGACAUAUAAAGUGAUACAAAGUAAGGUGGAAUUAGUAAAUCUCAGGUAUGGGGUUAUAUUGACAGCAAGGAGUAAUAACGCAAGUAAGAAUCUGGCAUACGACUUGGGGUCACGCUACCCCUUCGGCUGAAGGUUCAAGAUGAGUCAAGUUUUAUUGAUAUUAGGGAGAUGGGCUAUUCAAUAAAUUGGGAAAUAAGGAGAAUUGACAAUGGAAUUGUAAAUGGCCAAACUGGUAAAUAUAGUGGCCAGCAAUUUGUAAUUCUCCUCGCUGUUUUUUUCUGCAAUCCCCAGUUUAAUAAAUAAAUCACUAGUUAUUGCUGCAACUUUUUGUGUUUAAGGCUUUAAAAAAUGUAGCUUCUUUAGGUUUUAACACAUUCCCUAUUCCUCUCUGCCACUGUAAUUAGAAUAUAUUCAGAGUACAUCAAGCCACACUCCCCCAUGGAAUCCAUGCACUGUCUAUUAGGAGGAGCUUCAAAGACUGAUACUAAUACAACAUUGGGAGCCAGUAACAUAGAUAAAUAAUUAAUCAGAUGAUAAUGUAUUCUCUUACUUCCUCUGUAAAUGUCUUUUGAAAUGACAGUACAGAUGGGAGUAUAGAAGGGAGUAGCCUAGAACAGGUUGGUGUGUAGGUAAUGUGCGGUAAGAUUUGGUCAUCAAACAGCUCAGAUCUUUGGAUUUUAUACUGAAUAUUUCCCGUUCAAUGAUCUGUAACAGAGGGGUGAGCAACGUUUCACGGAGUGUUUGAAGGGUUAAUGACAAGCUCCCAAUGGAGUUAAUUCCCCUCAAAGGUUCUCUUUCAUUGUCUCAUACAGAACUUUAUUAAAUAUGUAUAGGUAGCUCAAACAAGGCAGCCAAACACAAAAUCACAAUGUUAAACAAUUUAACCCCGUUAACCACUAAAUAUGACAGUGUGCAUCAAAAUACAUAGCAUGAUUUAAUCGCUAAAAUUGUCACGAUCAGAAAACAGAACUGCUAAAUUUUAGCUUAAAAAAAUAGCCCAGACGGUACUAUGGCUUUUAUCAAAUCUGCUAUUUCUGCUAAUCCGAUUUUAAAAUUCAGCAAAAAUUACGUGUUUAGCGAAUAAAUCCCAGAAUGUCUGACCACCGUCUGUUAUGUUGAUUUGGGGAUACAAUGUUCUAAGACCAGCGGUUCCCAGUCCUUUAAUCACAUAAAUAUUCUAGGCUCUGUCAUUAUUCCUACUGGAGCAGAUAUGGGAAAUGUCUUAGGACUGGGUUGGAAAACACCGAUUUUUAAUUAGUAGGACAUAGUGGCUUAUGAAUAGACCCCCUUUAUAAAUAUUGUUCCUAUACAAGCCAUCUAUAGAUAUCUAAGACUAGGCGCACUGAAUGAGGCCCCCAUGUUAUUUAUAUAAAUCUGGGUUAACUUAGCACUGAUUAGUAAUGGCAUACUACAGCAUAAUAAUUUUUUCCGUGUUGCACGGAAGCGUUAGUUGAUCGGCCAUCUUGAAUACUGCGAUACAUGCUACGAUUAUACAUAUCACAUGAUAUUACACAUAACAUGUGUGCAAGAUUCAGAAAAAGGGAGUGCAGUUGUCAUGGUGAUUGUGCAGGGUAAACUUGACUCAGCAGAAAAUAAGCGUGGUUGGCAUGGUGAUAACACAAGAUCUGCGUGAUACAGAUGAAGACGGUCAGCCAUGGUUAUUACACGGGGCUGUGUGUAUAUAACUCCCAGAAACAAAGUGGUGGUUAUACAAUAUAUGUGAAUAUGGAAGGUUAAGAGGAUGAAGCAUGACUCGGCAGAAGAUAAAGUCACCCAAACAAUAAUAAAAUGAUGCUACUCAGGGGGAGAUAACGUUGUCGUGAUGACAGUACACCACUAGAGGAGGAAUUAGGGAUGGAGGACAGAUUUAUAUAAAUUUUACAUAAACAGAUGAUAUUCCAAUAUGUAAACAAUGCCAUGACAUCGGCUCCAAAUGUCCUUUAAUGUAAAUAUAAAACAGAUAAAUGACCCCCAGUGACUGAUAAAAAUUUGUUUGCCCUCUGUAUCCCCCCAGAAGCCAUUACUAUGUAAAGCGUUAUAUAUUUAUUUUUUAACCAAAUCAAGUAUAAGCCUAGCCUUGUGACGCUACCAACCCUGUCGAAUCUUGUCUAGGAACAGUCAAAGAAUGAGAAAAGAACAGUUUAUUUUUCAAUAGUAACCUUUAUUGGAAGCUAACCGUUAUUGUGAGGUCUCUACAAUAAGUAUAGCUCCAGUGUUUGUCCCUGAUAUUACUCAGAGAGUCUUGUACUAAUUAUCUGAGUGAGAUUACUGAGCAGGGAGGGUUUAAACGAGGCAGAUGCUAGCUAUGUAGAAACCUGCUCAUUAUAGCGUGCGGCAGCCCUAAUUAAGGCCAGUGUUUGUUCUGACGUAUCCCACCCAGCUGCCUUGUUUAUUGUGUUGGCUAAGUAGGGGGUGCUGGUAACAAUGCCAGUCAAAACACAAACAGGACUACAGUAAUAACUGAUUAACAGAAUGCAGAAAAUGUCUUCAACUGUAUAAAUGAGACAGACACCAGAGAGAGGAGGAAAGCAUAGUGCAUGAAGUAAAGGAAGAGGGGAGAGCAUAGUGUAGAAGGGAAAGGGAGAGGAGGAGAGUAUAGUGCAGGAAGUAAAGGGAGAGGAGGAUGGCAUAGUACAGGAGGUAAAGAGAGAGGGGAGAGCAUAGUGCAGAAGGGAGAGGAGAUUAUAGUGCAGGAGGUAAAGGGAGAGAGGAGAGCAUAGUGCAGAAGGGAAAGGGAGGGGAGAAGAGUAUAGUUCAGGAUAUAAAGGAAGAAGAGGAGGGUAUAGCACAAGGGGUGAAGAGAGAGGAGGAAAGCAUUGUGCAGUAGGUAAAGAUAGAGGAGGAGAGUAUAGUGCAAGAGGUAAAGAGAGAGGAUGAGAGCACAGUGCAGGAGGUAAAGGGAGAGAAGGAGAUUACAGUGCAGGAGUUAAAGGGAGAGGAGGAGAGUAUAGUGAAAGAGGGAAAGGCAGGGGAGGAGAGAAUAAUGCAGGAGGUAAAGAGAGAGGAGGAGGGCAUAGUGCAGUAGGGAAAGGGAGAGGAUGAGAGUGUAGUGCAGGAGGUAAAGGAAGAGGAGGAGAGUAUAGGGCAGGAGGUAAGGGGAGAGGGGAGAGCAUAGUGCAGGAGGUAAAUGUCGAGGAGCAGAGCAUAGUGCAGGAGAUAAAGGGAGAGGAGGAGAGUAUAGUGCAGGCGGGAAAGAGAGAGGAGGAGAGUAUUGUGCAGGUGUUAAAGGGAGAGGAAGAGGGAAUAUUGCAGGAGGUAAAGAGAGAGGAGGAUAGAAUAGUGCAGGAGGUAAAGGGAGAGGAGGAGAAUAUAGCGCAGGAGGGAAAGAGAGAGGAGGAGAGUAUUGUGCAGGAGUUAAAGGGAAAGGAGGAGAGCAUAGUGCAGUAGAUAAACAGAAAGGAGAAGAGCAUAGUGCAGGAGGUAAAGGGAGAGGGGAGAGCAUAGUGCAGAAGGGAAAGGGAGGGGAGGAGAGUAUAGUGCAGGAUAUAAAGGAAGAAGAGGAGGGUAUAGCACAAGGGGUGAAGAGAGAGGAGGACAGCAUAGUGCAGGAGGUAAAGAGAGAUGAGGAAAGCAUAGUGCUGUGGGUAAAGAGAGAGGAGGAGAGCAUAGUGCAGGAGGUAAAGAGAGAGGAUGAGAGCAUAGUGCAGGAGGUAAAGGGAGAUGAGGAGGGCAUAGUGCAGAAGGGAAAGGGAGAGGAGGAAAUUAUAGUGUAGGAGUUAAAGGGAGAGGAGGAGAGUAUAGUGAAGGAGGGAAAUGCAGAGGAGGAGAGUAUAAUGCAGGAGGUAAAGAGAGAGGAGGAGGGCAUAGUGCAGUAGGGAAAGGAGGAGAGUGUAGUGCAGGAGGUAAAUGAAGAGGAGGAGAGUAUAGCGCAGGAGGUAAGGGGAGAGGGGAGACCAUAGUGCAGGAAGUAAAUGUCGAGGAGCAGAACAUAGUGCAGGAGAUAAAGGGAGAGAAGGAGAAUAUAGCGCAGGAGGGAAAGAGAGAGGAGGAGAGUAUUGUGCAAGAGUUAAAGGGAGAGGAGGAGGGUAGAGUGCAGGAGGUAAAGGGAGUGGAGGAUAGAACAGUGCAGGAGGUAAAGUGGGAGGAGAAUAGCAUGGUGCAGGAGAUGAAGAGAGAGCAUGGUGCAGGAGGUAAAAGGAGAGGAGAGGAGCACAGUGCAGGAGGUAAAGAGAGAUGGAAGAGCAAAGUGACAGAGGUAAAGGGAGAGAAGGAGAGCAUAGUUCAGGAGGUAAAGGGAGAGGAGGAGAGCCUAGUGCAGGAGGUAAAGGGAGAGGAGGAGGGUAUAGUGCAAGAGUAAAAAGGGAAAGCAGGAGGAUAAAGCACAGGAGGUAAAGGGAGAGGAGGAUUGAAUAGUGCAGGAGGUAAAUUGGGAGGAGGAUAGCAUGGUGCAGGAGAUAAAGAGAGAGCAUGGUGCAGGAGGUAAAAGGAGAGGAGAAGAGCACAGUGCAGGAGGUAAAGAGAGAUGGGGAGAGCAAAGUGCCAGAGGUAAAGGGAGAGAAUGAGAGCAUAGUUCAGGAGGUAAAGGGAGAGGGGGAGAGCAUAGUGCAGCAGGUAAAGGGAGAAGGGGAGAGAAUAGUGCAGGAGGUAAAGGGAGAGGACCAGAGUAUAGUGCAGGAGGUAAAGGGAGAGGAGGUGGGUAUAGUGCAGUAGGUAAAGGGAGAGGAGUAGAGCAUAGUGCAGUAGGUAAAGGGAGAGGAGGAGAGCAUGAUGCAGGAGAUAAAGUGAGAGAAGCAGAGGAUAGUGCAGGAGGUAAAGGGAGAGUUGAAGGGUAUAGUGCAGGAGAUAAAAUGAGAGGAAGAGAACAUAGCGCAGGAGGUAAAAGGAGAGGAUGAGAGUAUAGUGCAGGAGGUAAAGGGAGAGGAGGAGGAUAGAGCACAGGAGGUAAAGAGAGAGGAGGAGAGCAUAGUGUAGGAGGUAAAGGGAAAGGAGGAGGGUAUAGCGCAGGAGGUAAAGGGAGAGGAGGAGAGCAUAAUGCAGGAGGUAAAGUGAGAGGAGAAGAGCACAAUGCAGGAGGUAAAGGGAGAGCAGGAGAGCAUAGUGCAGAAGAUAAAGGAGAGAGGAGUAGAGCAUAGUGCAGGAGGUAAAGGGAGAGGAGGAGGGUAUAGUGCAGCAGUUAAAGGGAGAGGAUGAGAGCAUAGUUCAGGAGGUAAAGGGAGAGCAGGAGAGCAUAAUGCAGUAGGUAAAGAGAGAGAAGGAGAGCAUAGUUCAGGAGGUAAAGGGAGAGGAGGAAAGCCUAGUGCAGGACGUAAAGGGAGAGGAAGAGGAGGGUAUAGUGCAAGAGUAAAAAGGGAAAGCAGGAGGAUAAAGCACAAGAGGUAAAGGGAGAGGAGGAUAGAAUAGUGCAGGAGGUAAAUUGGCAGGAGGAUAAAGCACAGGAGAUAAAGAGAGAGCAUGGUGCAGGAGGUAAAAGGAGAGGAGAAGAGCACAGUGCAGGAGGUAAAGAGAGAUGGGGAGAGCAAAGUGCCGGAGGUAAAGGGAGAGAAGGAGAGCAUAGUUCAGGAGGUAAAGGGAGAGGAGGAGAGCAUAGUGCAGCAGGUAAAGGGAGAAGAGGAGGGUAUAGCGCCAAAGGUAAAUGGAGAGGAGGAGGGUAUAGUGCAGGAGGGAAAGGGAGAGGAGGAGUGUAUAGUUCCAGAGGUGAAGGGAGAAAGCAGAGCAUAGUGCAGGAGGUAAAGAGAGAGGAGGAAAGCAUAGUGCAGGAGGUAAAGAGAGAGGAGGAGUGUAUAGCGCAGAAGAUAAAGAGAGAGGAGGAGAGCAUGAUGCAGGAGAUAAAGGGAGAGAAGCAGAGCAUAGUGCAGGAGGUAAAGGGAGAGUUGAAGGGUAUAGUGCAGGAGAUAAAAUGAGAGAAAGAGAACAUAGCGCAGGAGGAAAAGGGAGAGGAGGAGAGCAUAGUGCAGGAGGUAAAGGGAAAGGAGGAGGGUAUAGCGCAGGAGGUAAAGGGAGAGGAGGAGAGCAUAAUGCAGAAGGUAAAGUGAGAGGAGAAGAGCAUACUGCAAGAGGUAAAGGGAGAAGAGGAGGGUAUAGCGCAGGAGGUAAAUGGAGAGGAGGAGGGUAUAGUGUAGGAGGGAAAGGGAGAGGAGUGCAUAGUGCAGGAGGUAAAGGGAGAAGAGGAGAGCCUAGUGCAGGAGGUAAAGGGAGAAGAGGAGAGCCUAGUGCAGGAGGUAAUAUACUAUAAUGGGUGUGGCAAGGCUAGAGAUGUAGAACAUACUACCAUUUACCAGAGAGGAAAGUGGACCAUAGUACAGGUAGCAAAGUGAGAGGAUCAGAGCAUAAUGUAGGUGGCAAGGGGAGAGAAGUAGAUCAUAGUACAGAUGGAGGUAAAGAGAGAGAAGGAGAGUAUAGUGCAGGAGGUGAGGAGGAAGAAGCAGGGAAUAGUGCAGGAGACCUGGGAGAGGAACCAAGCACAGUGCGAGUAAUAACGGGAGAGGAGCAGGCGAGAGAAGCAGAAUAUUGUGGCUUGUGAAAGAACAAAUCAGCUCAUUUUGAGGCAACAAUAGCUUUUCCAUCACUUUCAAUGAGGGACAAACUUGGCUGAAAUGAAUGCAAAUUAUUUUCUUCUUCUAUUACAGGACUUUAUUGUGGUUUAUCCCUAACGUACCUUUCUCCCCUUCUACAGGUUGCCAAGGAUUGCAAGAAAACAACAGACCCAACUGGUGACUGAAUUGGUUAACCUGAGGAGACACAAUGAGUUUUUCACCGUUACUCUCAAGGGGCGCAAUGGAUAUUCUAGAAGAGUUGCAGCUGCUAACAGCAAAAACUAUGGAAAAAAUAGAAGUCUCGAAACAUUACGAAAUCAUCAGGGAAUUGGGAAAGGGAACGUACGGGCGAGUUGACCUCGCUAUUCACAAAACAAGAGGUAAUUACCCAAAUGUAAAUUACAGAAAAUCACUGCCCUCUCCAUAAUAAUCACAAUACACAAGGAUUAGGCGUAAAGACAAUUUAGUCAAAGACUCCAUUCACCUUUACACAGGGGGCUCAGGAUUAUCUAUUAAAUCCUACACUAUGGUUCUAGUUCAAUCCAUGGUUUAUGAAUAAGCACACACAAAAAACUGCGUUUUGUCUCGUCAAUGUUUUUUUUUUAUUUUUUUUUAAUUGGGUGAGCCGUUAAAAGGAUGCUCUUAGUAGCAUAACCAUUACAGCCGGAAUGCUGUUUCCCUGUCUGUCAAAUUGUUUACACGCAGUUUGAUAAAAACCAGGGGCUCAUCUGACUGGCACCCGUGGUCCGACACCUUGCCUGCCACUCAGAUAAUGAUAAUUUACAAAUGUUAUUUACAAGUCCGUCCAAACGUGGAUGGCAAAGUUAAAAGCGCAGUAUGUGACAAGUCAGGUUUUUACGUGAAAGUUCUAAGAUUUGCUUUUUUACCCGUGUAUUUCAAAACUAAACAAACAAAACUCAUUUUCAAAAAAACCCACAGAUAUAUAUAUUAUAAAACUGUAUUUCUAACACUAUAGUGCCCUCUGUCAACCACCUCCCUUGUGCCCCCCCCCCUCCCUCCAUCCAGCUCCAAAUAAAAGUUAAAAGACAUUUUUUCACUUACCUGAUUCCUGCACCGAUGUCCCUCGGUGCUUGGUCAGGCCUCUCCUCCACUGACGUCACAGCAAUUCGGGAACUUAAUAGACCGUGCUUUCCUAUGGGGUUUUUCAAAAUGUCCUCAUGCAAAGCACCUCUAGUGGCUGUAUCGUAGAAGUCUUAAGCCUUCAAUGUAAACAUUGCCGUAUCUCUAAAACGACAAUGUUUGAAGCUGUAGGGUUAAGGGAACGGGGACAGUGCACCCAAAUCACUUCAAUGAGAUGAAGUUGCCUGGGUGCCUAUCGGGUCCUUUUAAAAGCAGCCCACAGAUUGCGCUGGAGUGUUAAAUUCUGGAGUAACAAAAAGGAGACUUGACAAGAACGUUACAGAGAAAUUGCACAUUUAUUUAAAUUCUGUAAACGAGCAGUUUAGGACAAAAUACAGAAGACGGGAUGCAUUUUCCCCUUAGAAAUUAAUUAGCCCUCUCUUUGCACAACAUGUAAAGCUGUCAAAGCAGCGUCAAUAUUCACAGUGGGGAAGAGGUAUUCAGCGAAUUAAUUUGGAUAUGCUCACAUUGCCGUUAGAAGGAUGGAAAAAAACACAGAGAUUCCAAUCAAAAAUGUCCUAUAUGCUUUAAAUGUUAUACUGGCACUGGAAUGGUUAAAUAAAACCUUCAAGCCGUCAAUUCUCCUCUUUACGGUACCCAGCUUGAAAUCUGUCUAAUGGUCUAGAACUACAUUAAAACCCUGUGCUUAAAUCUAUGGAAUAAAUAUUCAUAACCGGAAAUAUGAAUAAUGUACAAAAGUCUGGAAGAAAAUGGACGUCUCUACUAAUAAGCUCAUUACUGUUCGGAGUUAUCCAUUCCAAGGAAUGUCAGUUUUAGGGAAAAUAGCAAUAGUAGGGAAUUUUUACAAUUAUGGCUAUUUUGGCUAAAGAUUUUACGCUAUAUAAUUCUCUAUAUAGGAAAUACCUUUGACAUUGCACAGGAAGCCAACUUGUCACCGAAUAAUUAUUUACCUGCAGUUUGAAUAGUGUAAUCACAAAUAGACCGUAAUCUCUAAAAAUAUCUAUGUGUUCAAUGACAAUGAUGUGAGCCUUAUUUUUUUAUAUAUAUAUUUUUUUUUAAAGGUACAAAAAUGGCUCUAAAAUUUCUAAGGAAGAAGACGACCAAACAAAAGAGCUUCCUACAGGAAUAUUGCAUUUCUCGUUAUUUGUCUUCCUGCCCCUAUAUUAUCAGCAUGUACGACAUAGCUUUUGAAACCAACGAAUAUUAUGUUUUCGCACAGGAAUACGCUGUGGCUGGAGAUCUGUUUGAUAUCAUCCCACCGCAGGUAAGUCGAACAUAUUAAGGACAAGGAAAAGCAUUUCAUAGGAUCUGUAACUCAGACAGCGGACAUUAAAUCCUUGUAGGCACAAUGUAUAAACUUACUCACAUUUCCCUGAUGACCAAAUCCAUCUCCGUUUCGUUCCAACUGUGCCCUCAAUGUACUAAAUGUACUAAAAAUGUACUAAAAGUAGUCUUUCCCAGAACUGACCCAUUCAUUUUUAAUGCAUUGUAGAGUUAAUGCAUUUAAAUUAUGUAUGCAAAAAAAAAAUCCAAAAUAAUAGAAUAUAAAUAAAUAAAAUACUUAUAAAAUAGCUGCAUUUGUAAUAAAUUCCAAGGCUUCUCAUCAGCCAACCAGGACACUUUGAAUGGUACACACGUGUUAACCGCUGACUUGAUUCCAUAAGUCCAUGAACAGAAGGGUUAAUGAGAUAAACAAUGGUUUCUUGUAGUUGUAGUUAUCAAUUUUCCCUAAAAAAAACCAAACAAAAACAGAACCUAUAUAAAUUGAGCAUACAAAUAAACAGAAUUACAGAUAAUAAUUUAUGGCAAGAUCUACAAAAUCAAAACACGUGUUUGAUGCCUAAAAUGUUUCUUUAAAUGAAAAUAUUUAUGGGUUAUAUCAGGGGGUCACCAACCCAGUCCUCAAGUACCCCAUAGCAGUCCAGGAUGUAGGGAUUACCCUGUUGUGUCUAAAGUUUUUUGUUUUUUUCUAAAAACACCUUAGACACAACUGGGUAAUCCUUAAAUGCUGGACUGUAGGGGUACUCAAGGAUUGGAACCACUUGGUGAUAUGAUCGGCUGUUGAAAUUGUAUUUGGCCUAGAACUGGAUGAGUGUUAUGGUGCAAGGAUUUGGUUUGCAUUUUUUGGCGAUUCUCUGCCUGGUAUUCUAUCAGAGGUAUUCUUGCACCUGCCUACCUGAACAGGUGUUAACCUAUUGUUUCAGAGUCCUAUUUGUCAUUGCAGGUUGGCCUCUCUGAGCACACCACAAAGCGCUGUAUAUACCAAGUUGCUCUAGCACUGGAUUAUCUGCACAACAGGAAAUUAGUCCAUCGCGAUAUCAAGCCUGAAAAUAUUCUAAUUUUUGACAAAGAAUGUCGAAAAAUUAAACUCUCCGAUUUUGGCAUGACCAGGAUUGCCGGCACAACGGAAAAACGCGUGAGUGGUACUAUUCCAUAUACUGCUCCAGAACUUUGCGAGACCUCAAAGCAUAGCGGAUUUCUAGUGGAAUACAGCAUUGAUGUGUGGGCGUUCGGCGUUCUUCUGUUUUGUAUGAUGACUGGUAACUUUCCCUGGGAGAAAGCACUACAUUUGGACUCGUUCUACUAUGAAUUUUUACAGUGGCAACGGUACAAAAGCACCACAAUACCUUCUCAGUGGCGUAAAUUCACACCCCACGCCCUUAAAAUGUUUAGCAAGCUGCUGUCUAUUGAGCCAGAAAAACGAUGCGCCAUUAAAGACGUAUUGUGGUAUUUUGCCAAGACGUGGUUAGUGAACAAGGAGGAACCGCCGAACGCCGACAUAAAAACCAAUAGCGACAUUUUUGCACACAUUAAACCGCAAGGUCUAUCCCUCGGCGGAGGCUCCGAUAAUAUCAACAGCAAUAAAACGGAGACCAGCCCCAGCUUAUCAUUCUCGUCUUGCAGUAGCUACGAAGAUGUAGCAAAAGACACUAAUUCUAAUGCCAUUCUAGUUUCAACAGCUAUUGAAAUAUGUGUAUGAAAACAAAUUGAAAUUAACGUAUGCGCCAGCAUAGCGAGCCUGCUUGCCUACACCUAAUAACUACAGGUGUUUCACUUCAAAAAUCAUUGCAACCACGUGCCAAGUAUUUUCAAUAUAUAUGUGAUUAAAUGAGCAUAGAUUUAAUACCGGCAGGAGAUUUUUGGUCAAAAAGAUAUAUAUAAAGAAAAAUAAGUCAUAGUACUGAACUUGUUCAGAAAUAUCCUGUGCCUACAUUAGCCGAGGAUUCUGGGAAAUGUUACCAACCAACACAAGCUGUAUAGGUUAGAAGGUCAAAUGCUGAAAUGACGUUAAUGGGGUUUGUUUUUUUUUUGUUAUUUUUUUUUACUUUUACGAUUUUUUAAAAGUAUUAUUUAUUUUAAAAGAUAAAGUGUCACAUCCUGGCAUUUUUAAUAUUAUGGCUACUUUCCCCCUAUAUUUAACAUGUAUUAAUUUGUGAGCUCUGAAAAUAAAUUUAAAUGUAGAAUUCCACACCAUUGUAUUUAGCUCUAUCUUGGAUCUGGGUGCCUCCAUCUUGACUCUCUGUCAAUUAUCACAAGCUCUGUCUUCUCUAUCAUUAAAUCAUACAAGAAACAAACAACUGGAGAGAUUUACCAAACUGCUGUGUUCUGAAAAAUGGUGGAAAAUACUAAAAUGGAGGCAAUCACUAUGGAAACCAGUGAAACCAGCAUGUACCAUUGGUACAUUAUGUCACCACAUAUCAGAACAUGACACGUUGAUUAAUCUCCCCUAGUGUUCAUGUUACUCCUCCUACAAUGUAACUUUUGGUAUAGUUAUUGGACUGUGAUGUCAUGGGCUCACUUUUUUCAAUAUUACAUUUUUUUUUAAAUGGAGCAUUGCCUGAAAAAAGGAUUAACACAAGUUUUAGUUGAAAUUCAAUGUGUUAUUCAAUAAUUUCUAGAAAAGUGUUGGUUCCCCUUUAAAUAAAUUUUUAACAUACCCCACCAUAACUAGCUCUGCAUCACAUGCAAAAAUGCACAACGAAUAUGUAAAAACAAAGCAAAGUGCAGUCAUUGGAGGAGAGACGUCCAGUUGCCUGCUGGGAUACAUUUUCUUUGCAAAAGGAAUGAUUCAGGAAAUGUGUCAUUAAAGUUCUUUUAAAAAAUGAUGAAUGGUUACAAAAUAAAAAAUAAAAAAAACACUGGUAAUUUGGUUUUUAUGACUGACAGGUUAAUACACAUUUUCGAUUGAAGUGACAGGUCAGGUUUAAAUGACC